CGGCUAUCAUGGAGGAAGGGAAUAAAUACAAGAUGGCUGCUCCUAUAAAACCAGGCGUUGGGCUUCUCCCCAGUGAUGGGCGAAUAGAAGCUUUAACCCGUGCUUUGAGGCCGCUCCACUGCUACCACCCGCACUGCCGCCAUCCCCGGGGGCUAGUGGCACUCCGCUGUCCGUCAGCGCGCUCAGCCGCUCCCCAUCUUUAUCCGCUGGGGCCGGGGUCGGAGUGUGGAGCCUGAGAGGCCUAAGCCAGGCCUCUGCAUCCUCCUUCCUGGGAGAGCAACGGCGGCCCCCGCCUGCCACCCUGCUGCUCUUAUCCAACUGGGCCCAGGCUCCCUCUGGCUAUGGCGGUCUCCAGGCUUGAUCGUCUCUUCAUUUUACUGGACACUGGUACCACACCGGUAACAAGAAAAGCAGCUGCACAGCAACUUGGGGAGGUGGUGAAACUCCAUCCUCAUGAACUGAAUAAUCUCUUAUCUAAAGUGUUAAUAUACUUAAGGAGUACAAAUUGGGAUACUCGCAUUGCAGCUGGUCAGGCUGUUGAAGCAAUAGUGAAAAAUGUACCCGAGUGGAAGCCAACUCCAAGACAAAAACAAGAAUCUGAUUCAGAAAUUCCUAUGGAUGAUUCAUGUGCCAGUGAUCGUCUGCAUUUUGAUAGAUUUGAUAUCAGUCGACUGUUAAAACAUGGAGCAUCUCUUCUUGGAUCUGCUGGUGCAGAGUUUGAGGUCCAAGAUGACAAAUCAGGUGAAGUUGAUCCUAAAGAGAGGAUAGCACGACAAAGGAAACUGUUACAAAAGAAACUUGGCCUUGAUAUGGGAGCUGCAAUUGGAAUGAACACUGAAGACCUGUUCAAUGAUGAGGAUUUGGACUAUACUCCUACUUCAACUUCACUUGUAAACAAACAACCUACUCUUCAGGCUGCAGAGUUGAUUGAUUCAGAAUUUCGAGCUGGUAUGAGCAGUAGACAAAAGAAUAAAGCUAAAAGAAUGGCUAAGCUAUUUGCAAAGCAAAGAUCCAGAGAUGCAGUAGAGACCAAUGAGAAGAGCAACGAUAGCACUGAUGGGGAACCAGAAGAAAAGCGCAGAAAAGUAGCAAAUGUUGUCAUCAACCAGCCUGCCACUGACUCAAAAGUUCUGGUAGACAAUGCACCAGAAGAGGCAAAUGAAUGGCCUUUAGAAAGCUUUUGUGAAGAAGUAUGCAAUGAUCUUUUUAACCCGUCCUGGGAGGUUCGGCAUGGUGCAGGCACUGCGCUGAGGGAAAUACUUAAAGCACAUGGGAAAAGUGGUGGCAAAAUGGGAGACAGUACUGUAGAAGAGAUGGCUCAGCAGCAUCAGGAAUGGCUGGAAGACUUAGUUAUUAGACUCCUUUGUGUGUUUGCAUUAGACAGAUUUGGAGACUUUGUUUCAGAUGAAGUUGUAGCACCAGUACGUGAGACUUGUGCUCAGACUUUGGGAGUAGUACUGAAACAUAUGAAUGAGACUGGAGUUCAUAAAACUGUGGAUAUUCUCCUGAAGUUGCUUACACAAGAUCAAUGGGAAGUGAGACAUGGUGGUCUGCUAGGAAUAAAGUAUGCUUUGGCAGUUCGUCAGGAUAUGAUUAAUACUUUACUGCCUGAAGUCUUGCCUGCAAUAAUUGAAGGUCUCCAAGACCUGGAUGACGAUGUCCGAGCUGUUGCUGCAGCAUCUUUAGUACCAGUAGUGGAAAGCCUUGUUCAUCUUCAAUCGCAAAAGGUGCCCUUUAUUCUUAAUACAUUGUGGGAUGCCCUUCUGGAAUUGGAUGAUCUGACAGCUUCUACAAACAGCAUCAUGAUCCUUCUUUCCUCCCUUCUAACUUAUCCUCAAGUCCAAAAAUGCAGUAUCCAGCAAUCACUCACCAUUUUGGUCCCACGUGUAUGGCCAUUCUUGCAUCAUACUAUAUCAUCUGUUCGAAAAGCAGCAUUGGAAACUUUAUUUACGCUGUUAUCUACCCAAGACCAGAGUUCUUCAGCCUGGCUAACUCCGAUUCUGCAAGAUAUGUUGAGGCACAUUUUUCAGUUUUGUAUCUUAGAAAGCAGCCAAGAUAUUCUGGACCUUAUUCACAAGGUGUGGCUAGAACUGUUAAACAAAGCAUCAGUACAAUACGUGGUAGCAGCGGCUUGUCCAUGGAUGGGAGCCUGGCUCUGCUUAAUGAUGCAGCCUUCUCACUUGCCUAUUGAUUUAAAUAUGUUGCUAGAAGUAAAAGCCAGAUCAAAGGAAAAAGCAGGUGGCAAGCUGCGUCAAGGUCAACCCCAGAACAAAGAAGUGAUACAGGAGUAUAUUGCUGGUGCAGACAGCAUUACAGAAGAUCUGGCAACCAGGGAUUAUGUUGUUAUGCGAGCCCGGGUGAUGGCAGCAAAGUUGUUAGGAGCACUUUGCUGCUGUAUUUGUGAUCCAAGUGUAAAUACCAUACCUCAAGAAAUAAAGCCAGCUGAAUCUCUAGCUCAGCUACUGCUUUUCCAUUUGAAUUCAAAAUCUGCCUUGCAGAGGAUUAGUGUUGCGUUAGUAAUCUGUGAAUGGGCUGCCUUGCAAAAGGAAUGUAAAGCUGUGGCCCUUUCUGUGCAGCCACGCUUACUUGAAGUCCUUUCUGAGCACCUCUAUUAUGAUGAAAUUGCUGUUCCUUUUACACGAAUGCAGAAUGAAUGUAAACAGCUCAUUUCCUCACUAGCUGAUGCACACAUUGACAUUGGGAACAGAGUAAACUACAGUGUGUUUACAAUAGAUCAAGCUAAUGAACUGGUUACUACUGUCUUCAAUGAAGUUACAUCAGCUUUUAAUUUAAAUCCUAAUAUUUUACAACAAUUGGACAGUAAACGACAACAAGUCCAAAUGACCGUUACAGAAACAAACCAGGAAUGGCAAGUGUUACAGCUGCGAGUCCAUACCUUUGCUGCAUGUGCUGUUGUGAGCUUGCAACGACUUCCAGAAAAACUAAAUCCUGUCAUAAAACCUUUAAUGGAAACUGUCAAAAAAGAAGAGAAUACACUGGUACAAAACUAUGCAGCUUUAUGUGUAGCUAAGUUACUUCAACAGUGUUUAUCAAGAUCUCCAUGCCCCAACUCGAAGAUCAUAAAAAAUCUCUGCAACUCUCUCUGUGUGGACCCGCAUCUUACUCCCUUAGCAGCAUGUCCUGCGCAACCUCAAAGCAGCCAUGAAAAUUCUAAAGGACCCAGCACUGAGAGAGAUGGGAUGCACCAUACUGUCACCAAGCACAGAGGAAUAAUUACACUGUACAGACAUCAGAAAGCUGCUUUUGCCAUCACGAGUAGGCGAGGUCCUACACCAAAGGCUCCAAAAGCCCAAAUUGCAGACCUUCCCACAGGCAGUAGUGGGAACAUCACCACAGAACUUGAUGAGGCUCAGAAGCCAUAUAUUGUACAGAGGAGAGGAGCUGAAUUUGCCUUAUCUACUAUAGCUAAACAUUUCGGUGCUGAAAUGGUACUAGGAUUGCCACAUCUCUGGGAUGCUAUGGUUGGUCCACUAAGAAAUAAUACUAACCUAAACAGUUUUGAUCGGAAGUCCUUACUGGAAAAGGGAGAUGUGUCUGCUCAGGAGCUGGUUAAUUCUCUACAGGUGUUUGAAACAACAGCAGCUUCAAUGGACAUUCAGCUUCACCCUUUGUUGAUACAGCAUUUGCCUCAUCUUUAUAUGUGCCUUCAACAUCCGAGCACUGCUGUGAGACACAUGGUUGCUCGUUGUGUAGGUGUCAUGAGCAAAAUAGCUACCAUGGAAACAAUGAAUAUUUUGUUAGAGAAGGUUAUUCCGUGGCUGGGAGCAAUAGACGACAAUACCAAACAAGAGGGUGCAAUUGAAGCACUUGCUUCUGUAAUGGAACAGCUAGAUGUUGGUAUUGUUCCAUAUAUUGUCCUUCUAGUGGUCCCAGUUUUGGGUCGAAUGAGCGAUCAGACGGACAGUGUACGUUUCAUGGCUACUCAGUGCUUUGCAACUCUAAUUAGACUAAUGCCCCUUGAGGCUGGCAUUCCAGAUCCACCGAACAUGUCUGAAGAAUUAAUCCUACUGAAAGCCAAAGAGCGCCAUUUUCUGGAGCAACUAUUGGAUGGAAAAAAAUUGGAAAACUAUAAAAUUCCGGUCCCAAUCAAAGCAGAGCUCAGAAAAUAUCAGCAGGAUGGUGUGAAUUGGCUGGCAUUUCUCAAUAAGUACAAACUUCAUGGAAUUCUUUGUGAUGAUAUGGGUUUAGGAAAAACAUUGCAGUCCAUUUGUAUUCUUGCAGGAGAUCAUUGCCUCAGGGCUCAAGAAUAUGCAAGAACUAAAUUGGUAGACAGUGUUCCUCUUCCAUCCUUGGUGGUUUGUCCUCCAACGCUUACAGGUCAUUGGGUGGAUGAAGUGAGUAAAUUUUGCUCCAAAGAGUAUCUCAAUCCUUUGCACUAUACCGGACCUCCUACUGAAAGAGCAAGAUUGCAACACCAGGUGAAAAGGCACAAUCUCAUAGUAGCUUCAUAUGAUGUUGUGCGAAAUGACAUUGAUUUCUUCAGAAAUAUUAAGUUUAACUACUGUAUUCUUGAUGAAGGCCAUGUAAUCAAAAAUGGAAAAACAAAAUUGUCAAAAGCAGUAAAGCAGUUGACUGCCAAUUAUAGGAUAAUUCUUUCUGGGACACCAAUCCAGAAUAACGUUUUAGAGUUGUGGUCACUGUUUGACUUCCUUAUGCCGGGAUUUUUGGGUACUGAACGCCAGUUUGCAGCUCGUUAUGGCAAACCAAUAUUAGCAAGUAGAGAUGCUCGGAGUUCCAGUCGAGAACAAGAGGCAGGAGUUCUUGCAAUGGAAGCACUGCACCGUCAAGUAUUGCCAUUUUUGUUGAGAAGAAUGAAAGAGGAUGUACUACAGGAUCUUCCACCCAAAAUUAUUCAAGAUUAUUACUGUACUCUCAGUUCUCUACAGGUUCAACUUUAUGAAGAUUUUGCUAAGUCUCGUGCCAAAUGUGAUGUUGAUGAAACUGUUUCAUCUGCUUCACUGAGUGAGGAGACUGAAAGGCCAAAGCUUAAAGCUACAGGACAUGUGUUUCAGGCAUUACAAUAUUUACGAAAACUAUGUAACCAUCCAGCAUUAGUGUUAACAACCCAGCAUCCAGAAUACAAGAGAACCACAGAGCAGCUGGCAGCUCAUAACUCAUCCCUUCGCGAUAUCCAGCAUGCGCCUAAACUGUCUGCUUUAAAACAACUACUACUCGACUGUGGUUUGGGAAAUGGUGGCUCUUCAGAGAAUGGCACAGAAGCUGUUGUGGCUCAGCACAGGAUACUUAUCUUCUGUCAGCUCAAGAGCAUGUUGGAUAUAGUAGAACAUGACCUUCUCAAACCUCACUUGCCCUCUGUUACAUAUUUGCGAUUAGAUGGCAGCAUACCUGCUGGUCAAAGGCAUUCCAUUGUUUCACGGUUUAAUAAUGACCCAUCCAUAGAUGUUCUUUUGCUUACCACUCAUGUUGGUGGACUGGGACUUAACUUAACAGGAGCUGACACAGUAGUGUUUGUGGAACAUGACUGGAAUCCAAUGAGAGAUCUACAAGCAAUGGAUCGAGCACAUCGUAUUGGGCAGAAACGUGUUGUCAAUGUGUAUCGCUUGAUAACAAGAGGAACUUUAGAAGAGAAAAUUAUGGGUCUGCAGAAGUUCAAAAUGAAUAUUGCAAAUACAGUGAUUAGCCAAGAGAAUGCUAGCCUACAAAGCAUGGGAACAGAUCAGCUUCUUGACCUAUUCACUCUUGACAAGGAUGGAAAAAAUGAAAAAGCAGAUACUACUACUUCUUCUUCUUCUUCUGGGAAAGCCUCUAUGAAAUCAGUUCUUGAAAAUCUGGGAGAACUUUGGGAUCCAGAACAGUAUGAUUCUGAAUACAGUCUAGAAAGCUUUAUGCAUUCACUCAAGUAACCAUCUUAUAUUCUUGAUUCAAUUGCUGCUAGUUCACAUUUUUCUGCUGAUAUUCAGCAAAUUUCAAAGCAUAUAUAGUGAACCUAUAGCUCAAUAUGUAAAUAGACUUCUUGAAAGAAGAAUCAGCAAAAGACUGACACUGAAUAGUGUCAUGUUUCACUGGGGGAAUUAUUCUGUCUUAAAUAUUUGCACUGUAUAAAAAUUUAAAUGUAAACAUAUCGUAAGGUGGUUUGAAUUUUACUUGCUAAACAGAUGCAAAUUCUUAUUGGUAGAGGAAUAAAACACAGCAAGUUUUACAUAUGCUAACAAGUGUUACUUCCUUUUGAAAUAAGUCCACCAUUGUUUCUUGCUGUAUCUGUAGUUUUGUACAAAUAUGUUUCAGUGAGUACUUCAGGUUGUUCGUUUACAUUUUUUUAUUUUAAACAUAACUUGCUUUUAUGAUUUAUUAAAGUAAAAAAAUUCAA